AUCAGAGAAAAACACACACACACACACACAAAGGUUGCUACUACCACCAUCUAGUCCUCCAGUACUCUGUGCAUUGCAAGGAGAGCAGAGUAAGGCAGGAUCCAUGGUGAACUUGGUGGAAGCGCCGAAGCCGCUGGUGUACUUCCUCCUGAGGAGGGCAGGGCUCCGGCAGCACACCGUCGACGUCGACGGCGCCGGCACGGUGAUCAGCUUCUGGAUGCCCGAGGGCAAGGUCCCCAAGGACAGGGGCACCGUGCGGGACGUCGCGCCCGAAGGCGCAGCAGCAGCUGACAGCGGCAAGCAGCAGAAGGCGGCGGCGAAGCCCGCCGGCAACGGCAAGGAGAGGCCCGCCGUCGUGCUCGUGCACGGCUUCGCCGCCGAGGGCGUCGUCACGUGGCAGUUCCAGGCUGGUGUGCUGGCGAAGCACUACGACGUGUACGUGCCGGACCUGCUCUACUUCGGCGGGUCGACGUCGCCGUCGACGGACCGGUCGCCGGGGUUCCAGGCGGAGUGCCUCGCGGCGGCGCUGCGGAAGCUCGGGGUGGAGCGGUGCACGGUGGUGGGGUUCAGCUACGGCGGGAUGGUGUCGUUCAAGAUGGCGGAGUCACACCCGGACCUGGUCACCUCCCUCGUCGUGUCCGGCUCCGUCAUCGCCAUGACCGACUCCAUCAGCGAGGCCUCGCUGGAGAGGAUCGGCGUCAAGUCGUCGGCCGAGCUGCUGCUGCCGGAGACCGUCAAGGGACUCAAGGCGCUGCUCUCCAUUGCCACCCACAGGAAGCUCUGGUUCCCUGACCGCAUUCACAGAGACUACCUCGAGGUGAUGUUCACCAACCGAAAGGAAAGAGCCGAGCUGCUGGAAGGUUUGGUGGUCAGCAACAAAGACGCCACCGUGCCCGUUCUGCCGCAGAAAAUACUCCUGCUAUGGGGGGAGAACGACAACAUUUUCAACAUUGAGCUCGCCAUGACGAUGAAAGAGCAGCUCGGAGAGAAGGCAAUGCUGCAGAGCAUCAGCAAGGCAGGGCACCUGGUUCACAUAGAGAGGCCCUGCGUCUACAACCAGCACCUCAAGGAGUUCCUCGCGUACGUCAACGCUGAAUCCCCCAAGGAGACCGCCUGAUUUGCUCUGAAGAAUUGGAGUUCCACGCUCCUGAACUUUGUAUUGGUUUGUUUUAGUUUGAAAAGACAAAUAUGUUCACGAACCGUAAAAACGCUUGUGCCUGGAUUGAGAAUUUGGGGACUCUGAAUAGGUUUCAGCUGUUUAGAUAAACUGUAAUGUGAGAAUGAGUCAACGUACCUCAUAAAUGAAUCGAUUUGUUUUGAACUGCUUUGUUCCGAAAGUUGAGUUACAAUGCUAGAAUUAA